AUACGCUGCGACAAGGAUUCACCGUGUGCAAACUGCAGGACAGCAAACCGGCCAUGCAGUUCAACCGGUGCUGGCCAGCGGCCAAGGGAAGCCCGGCAGCGGGUGCUCAUCUCGGCCCAAUAUGAGCGAAAGAUAGACCAUUUCGAGUCUCGGCUCGCAAAUAUCGAAAACAUGCUUCGGGACCUGGCCGUUUCCAUCUCUAGCAGGAGUCCGUCAGCUUCAACUGAGAGCGGGUCUGCCGGUCUCGUCCCAGGCCCCACGAGCUCUUCGCCGGCCGCUGGAGAGAGCACUGACAUCGUGUACGGACGCGACGACGACGAUGAUGCCAUCUCCACCUUCGAAGGUGACUCCUCCAUAUCCGCCCAGACGGUGUUUGCUAGCGAGUUCCUCGAAAACACCGUCACUCGAACCCUGCCCCGCGACCUGGACCCAGAUAUGCGGUCCGCCCUGUCCUCGCUCCAACAGAUUGUGUGCAUGCAAAACCGCCCAAGUGCCCACGAAUCGCGCUUCGUGAAUGCGAAGCCGUUGCCAAAAGGUGGCCUCCACGGCAGGCUCACCAGCUUCGCAACUAUCUGCACCUUUAUCGCCGCUGAGAACUUUUCCGAGCGGUGUAGCAAGGUCUACUUUGCUACCGACGACUUCAGCCUCAUGUCUUGGGGUGUCGUCAACGCGGGCCUGUACUUUUUGCUGCAGGAAAAGGCCGCGCUGGUCAGCGGCGCACAGAGGGAAGAGCUGCUCGAGUACCAAUCCCUCUGCCGCGACAACUUGGAGACGGCCCUCACCAACCUGCCACUGCUGCUGCCGGCGCGCAAGGAGAGCAUCGAGGCCUUCUACGCCAUCGAGAUCUCCAAAUUCUCCAUCGCUCGCGAUCUCAACACGGUAGCAGCCACGCUUUGCCAGACGCUCGGCUAUCACCGCAUGAGCGGCGGGGUCGAAACGACGGCCAAGGCGGUGCUCUUCUGGUCGGCCUACCUGCUCGACAAGGCGCUGUCGGUCCGGUCCGGGAGGGCUCCCACGAUCCAAGACUACGAUAUCACCGUGGCCCGGCGCCUGGAGUAUGGAAUGGAGCUGCCCGACGAUUCGUGGGGCGUCGUGUUGAGCCAGUGGAUCGCCUACGCCGACUUCCUCGGCCGCGCCUACGAGCAGCUCUACAGCCCCGCCGCGCUGGCCCGACCACAGGAGCGUCGUGCCGAGAGCGCCCGUCAGCUUGUCCGGACGAUGAACAAGUUGGCCAAGGAGCAGGAGCCGCUGGUGCAGCAAACGCGCGAGAAAGUGCGCGGCAUCAAGUUUGAUGCAAAUAGUCCCUUCCCGAUGGACAUGGCCAUCGUCGGCGACGAGCUGAUGCACUGGUCGGCGCUGACGCUCAUCUACCGCGCCAUCCCCAGCCCGCCUGGCUCGCCCAGCACCUUCAACCCCGAGUGCAUCCACGCGGCACGCCAGGCGUUUGCGUGCCACCAAGAGUACAUGACCAUGGCGGGCGACAGUCUGGCCGUGAAGGCGGGGUGUAUCCGAUGGAAUGUCAUCUACGUCCCCUUCACGCCCGUCAUCAUCCUCUUCUGUCACGUGGUCGAGACGUCGGACGAGGAGGACCUAAAACGCGUGGCCGACUUCGUCGAGUCGCUGGUGCCCGUGUGCGCCGCCUCCGAGGCCGUGGCUAAACUCCACCGCAUCUGCCAGGUCCUGCACAACGUCGCGAGCCUGUGCGUCCGGGCCAAGGCCCAGCGCAGACAGGACCCGCAGCAGCGCGACCAGGACAUGGCUAUGGUAGGCGACAAUAUCGACAUGUACCUGAGCCAGCUGGGGUUCAUGCCGCAGUUUGGCGGGCAGCCCCCAAUGCAGCCGCCUGAUGCGCAGUUUGCUGGGGCCGGGGGGAUGCCGCCGCCUGGGUUUGCUCCCGGCCAGCCGAAUGCUCCCGGUCAAGCGAACGAGCUAGGGAACUGGUUCUCGGGCAAUACCCACAUUCUGGGGCUGUUGGAGGAGGACCUCUCUGAGUUUGAGCCGCGCUUGUGGCCGUCGAUGGGUGGACAGUAG